UUUUUUCGAAAAAUAUUUAAUCCUUUCGAUGUGCACCCAAAAUACAGAUCAACAUUAUUUAAUUUUUUAUUUUUGAUCUGAUCUCGCUUUUUGAUUUUUCUAAUAAAAGUCAAAUUGAACCGGUUUUUUCAUAAUAGUUUGUGAUGAAAAAAGGAAUGAAAUUUGUCAUUUUCCAAUUGAAAAAGUGGUUUCAUUGAACCACAACUAAAAUGAAGAGUAAUUGUUGUUUUAUUUGGAUUUGUCUGGCGUUGGUUACAAUUCCUUUUUAUGUAUAUAGAGCUCAAACUUAUAUUUUUCAUGGCAAGUUUUCUGGAAGCUUGGACAAUUGCAGUUCAGUCUUCGACAAAGUUCACAUUUUAAUUGAGCAAGAUCUGAACGAUACCGAGCGAUUUCUUCGAACUCCACAAUAUUAUGAACAAAUUUCGAAUGGGUGUGAAAAGGUUUUGACCUGCGUAAAAGCGUCUACAAACCUAACCGAUAAUUUGGAGCUGGAUAUAACUAGUCUGUGCCAGUUCUAUCUAUAUUACCAUAAUGUAUUUUCAAAGUGCGCGAAGAAGCUGAUGAGAAGAGUGGGUCAGAAUAUUUCUUGCAUUGAUACAAUCUUCAACAAAUCUUUUGAGGACAAAAAGAGCAUGUGCGAAGGAUGGGAUAGUGCUCAAGAUUGUCUUAUAAAGAAGAUCAGUGCAACCUGUAAACUGAAUAGUAGAGUUCCAAUGCGGCAUUUCUCUAGUUUGAAAGAAGCGAUGUGCACGGAAAUUGAAGAAGUACAGUGGCUGGAAGGCUUAACUGAUUUUUGAAGUGUACUAUUUUUUGUAUAUACAUUUUUAUAAUAUUUGAACAUCAAUCAGAAGACAGAAAUUCACGAACCAUUUAAUUUUUCCCGGCCUCCAUGCAGACAUCGUCAUUAGACAUGCAUCCUUAAUCCUGCCAAAAAUCUAUCGGUAGAUUUAAAAGAUUACAUAAAAAUUUUAACGUUUU